CUCGCCCACCGCGCCCGACAUGGCUGCAGAGAUGUAACUCUGCCAGUGCUAGCUACCACCUCAAUAUUCUUUGGCGAUCCUGCCUCAGACGACUUCUAGCGGCCUCGGCGCUGCGAAGAACCCACUGGCGCGCAGACCACGUGCCCAGCGCGAUCGGGGUUUCGUUCGGGCGCUCGACGCGUCGCGUUGAUGUUCACCGCGACGCGCCUCACCUCCACUGUCCGAGCAUCUUCACGCGUUUUCUCCUGCUUUUCUCGUCCUUGCCUAACCAUGUCAGCCAAAGAACGUGUCGUCUACCUUGAAGACCUCGAGGGUUCAACGGAAAAGACUGAAGAGGCUGUGCAAGAUGCCACCACGGAGGUCAAGUCCACUGACGCGCCCCAAGUCAAAGGAGAGGCCGCUGUCAGCGAGCAAAAGGCAUCCACCACGACAGCAGUGAAGCGGCAGAGGACCCUCGUGGACAUGUUCUCUGGCGGCGCGUCCCCCAGCGCGCCCGCAGCCAAGAAGAUCAAAGUUUCCAGGACACACAGCAGUGCAACGUCGCACGCGUCCGCCGUGAGCGCGCAGCCGUCCCUCAACUCCAUUGCUUUCUCUAUGUCGGAGUUUCAGGCCGCUUUGUCAGACGAGGAGCGUAAGCUGCUCACUCUCGAGUGUGAAACCCUUGGCAAGAGCUGGUUCAAGCUGCUCAAAGAUGAGAUUCGGAAGCCUUAUUUCCUGAAACUCAAACAAUUCCUCUACGACGCGGGCGUCCGCGGAGUCAAGGACAGCGCCCCAAACCUGAAAAUCUAUCCUGCUCCGAAGAAUAUCUACUCUUGGUCCAAUCUUACUCCCCUUGGGCGAGUGAAGGUGGUCAUCAUCGGCCAGGAUCCCUAUCACGGUCCCGGGCAAGCCCACGGGCUGUGCUUCUCCGUCCCUCCAGGGGUGCCCGUGCCUCCGUCCUUGCGUAAUAUUUACGCAGAAAUUAGGGCAGAGUACCCGCAGUUUGAGCCUCCUAAAAGCGGAAAUUUGACGGCAUGGGCCGAAAACGGUGUCUUGCUGCUGAACACAUGUCUCACCGUCAGAGCAGGCGACGCUGGUUCCCACUCCGGGAACGGCUGGGAAGAGUUCACGGACAGGGUGGUCGAUGUCGUUGACAGAUACGGCGGCGCCAAUCUCGCGAACCCAAACGGCGCAGGGGGGCGCGGCCGGGGCAUCGUCUUCCUCGCCUGGGGGGCCUGGGCUGCGAAACGCGUCGCGAAACUGGACAAGAACAAGCAUCUCAUCCUGAGGAGCGCGCAUCCGUCACCGCUGAGCGCGAGCAGGGGCUUCCUUGGUAACGGGCACUUCAAGCAGGCAAAUGAAUGGCUGGAACAGAAGUACGGUCCAGACGGCUGCGUGGACUGGUGCAAGCUUUGACACCAAGCGCGCGCAAUUCAUUGUCGGACCUGCGAACACACUUCAUGAUG